AUGUCUGUAAACGCCUUUGGUGCCCGCUUGGCCGUGUUUGUGGCCCUGGCCUUGGUCCCGGCUUUGGUUGCUGCCGAUGUUGGCAUCCUCUAUGAAGUCUGGCACACGACGGCAGCGCAGGCCAUGCAGCAGGUUGCAGCCAUGCAUGGUACCCAACUGACCACUGAACGGGUGAUUCGUUCCAAUGGAGCGCAAGACCUGAACGACGUGUACGGCCCAUACAACAUUUCCUCAGACAUUUACAACGUUGAACCUGCGCUGGGCUUUUACUGCCUCUACCGCGCCCGCGCUGGAGAACCGGGCCUUGUCCCUGACUGCCCGAACAUCACUCAAACGGCAACCGCCCAUGCCAAGCUUCUCGUGGACAUGGGCAUCGACUAUGUCAUGGUCGAUGUUACGAAUUGGCCCACCAACACAACCAGUACCGACAUUAGCGUGAUCCGCCCCACCGAAGUGCUCUUUGAGGAGUGGUACAAGCUGCGUCAGCAAAACAUCUCCACUCCUGCCAUUGCUGUCUGGCCCUGCUCCCCAGCCGGCAGUAAUACGUGGCAAGUCUUGCUGGACAAGCUCUACAACAACGCCUCCUAUGCAUCCCUCGUGUAUCAGCAGAACGGCAAGAAGGUAGUGGCUAUUCCCAAGAACCCCAACUGCUAUGAUGAGGGCGUGGCGGCAGCCAUCGCUGCCAAUGGUGGGCGCAACGACGUCACCACCAUCAAUCUCUGGGCCUUGUUUGGACCCGCUGAUUACGAGGCCGGCACGUGGGGUUUUUUCUCGCCUUGCGUCUCCAGCACAGAUGGAACAUCGUACACGACAUCCAUCGUCGGCGAGCCCGCGUGCAACCAACGCCCCACCCUCGAUCCUGCAACGGGUGGCAUCACUGAGAUUUCGGCAUCGGGCGCUUACAUGGUCUCUCAAUCAGCCUUGCCCUUUGCCAACCCAGGUCACCUACGUGGCCUGACCGUGGCCCGCCUCUUUGAGCGAGUGCUGGACCUUCGCCCACCCCACCUCUUUCUCAGCUCUUUCAAUGAGCACAUUGGCGGGCGACAGCAGCCCGUUUCGUCGUCCAAGAUUGCCUUUAACAUGGGCUUGCCCAACGACUCGCAACGCGAUGUGGUGUGGGUGGACACUUAUGCAAGUGAGUUCUCCCGCGACAUGGAACCCACUGUGGAGGGUGGCGAUACCGUGUAUCGCGUGGCCAGUGCCUGCGUGGCCCUCUACAAGGCAGGCCUCAACUGCACUGCUGCCCCGACCGACUUGUGCUGCACGCGUGCGGACAAGGAGGUGUUCGCCAACGUCUGGUCUCUGAGCCACGCAUCAGGCAACGUGUACGACACGGUGCUGACCACAAACGCAGCUGAGGUCAGCGCGCUCGAGACAGAUGGCUGGGCCGAGAACUGCUCGCCCAUCUCUGGCCCGUCCGUCUUUUGCGUGGACACAAGUCUGACGGACGGCCGCAACGGCCCUUUCAUUCUGUACAACCAGCAACUGCCCAAUACCAUCCCCCUAUACCGUUGCAAUGAGCCACAACAAACGCACCACCACAUCUCGACGGAUCCAAACUGUGAUGGCGACGGCGCGGUCGAAUCUACUCUCGGCUUUAUUGCCCAGCAGCGCGGUGGCGAAACGCUGCGUGGCCUUUAUCGGUGUAAGACACCUCAAGGUGGCUAUGCACACAGCUUGGACCUUCCCUGUGAUACACCCGAUGGUCCUGUACUUGGCUACGUGCGAUAG